GGCAGUAGCCGUUGCUGCGUCAUUCUGACCUGGAAUGUCCCGACGACCGAUUCGAUAUACUCGAGUCCCACGGGUCUCUCAAGUAACCGUGCUGAAGACAGGCGCAGUUCAUGAUGAACAGAAAGGUCUGAAGAGUGGGGGAGCGAAGAGGAAAGUGUCCGAGGCAAAGGAUUAGAUCGAUAUAUUUAUAUGACUGUCUAUAUAUAAGUCGAUCUUCUCCUUCGGAUCUACAAUGGCGACUGCCUGUGUUGAUCUCCACCCUGGGAAAAGACAAGAUGCGCAUUUCCGCGGCUAUUGUUGCAUUUGCUGCACUCGUGGCUGGCUCUGCUGCCGCCAGCUGCCCUUACGCAGAGCGUGGUAAUGUUGCUGCUGCUGCCGCGAGCUGCCCCUAUGCGAAGCGCGCUGCCACGCCGGUGAUACAAGAUACCCCCGUGCUCUCACGCCGCACGCCAAUUGAGGGCAAGAAGGGCAUCUUUUAUAUGAACCGUAUCGGACCCUCUGGCUCGCAGCUAUGGAUCGCAAACGCAGACGGCAGCAAUGCGACAAAGCUGAUGGCAAACCAAACUCACGCAUUCGACUACCACGCUUCGUGGUCGCAGGAUGGCCAGUGGAUUGUCUUCACCAGCGAGCGCCGCGCCCCUGGACAGUCGGACUUGUAUAGGGUGCGGCCGGAUGGCACGGGGCUCCAGCUCCUGGUGGCUACGAACCAUGUCGAGGAUGUGGGCGUAUUAUCACCAGACGGGAGUAAGGUUGCGUACGUGUCGACGAAGGGCAAUUACACGACCAACAUCUGGGUCAAGGACCUGAAGACCAACCGCGCAUACAACCUGACUGACACCGCGACCACGCGCACCAACAAUAUCUGGCCGUCCGGUCAUUUUCGCCCUGCAUGGUCCCCCGAUGGCGAAUGGCUCGCCUUUACUUCCGACCGCAACACCGACUGGACAGGUCACAGUGAGGGCGUUGGCUGGGAACAUACCCAGAGCCUGGGUCUAUAUGUGAUCCGCCCAAAUGGCAGCGAUUUCCGCGCGCUGCUACGCCAGAGCGGCUAUUCGUUGGGCACUCCCCAGUGGUCGGCGGAUGGGAAGCGCAUUAUCUAUAACAAUAUGACGACGGAGGACACCUACGGUUCUCAUGGAGUCUCCACCCAGCAAGAGGCCGUCACCGCGCAGAUCUAUAGCGUCGAUGUAGCCACCGGUAAGAACAUCGUCGCUCACACCGUUGGCGAUUACCCCAAGGUCGGUCAGCACUACAUUGGCAAUUCCAGUAACAUCGGCUACCUGAUCAAGGCUGGGCCUCUGGAGGGCAUACAUUAUACCGUCCCCGACAAAACACACAAAGCGUUCAACCUGACCAACCUACGAGACCCCUCAUGGUCUCCCGACGGCUCUAAGAUCGUCUACAGUGUCUUCAAUUGGACGCAGCAGGCGGCCGAGCUGAAACUAUGGAGCUUUGACGACGACUGGGAAUACCGCUACGUGGACGUUUUCCCCAUGCACAACACGGCCGUCAACCGUAUCGCGACGACACAGAAGGUGUUAGGAAGCGCCAAUGGAUCCCUAGUGACCUCGUCGCCGGGCUACACGGACGUGGUCCAGGCGCUCGACUCGUAUGCCAUUUACUCGAUCAACAAUUCCACCGAAGUUGAGAUGCUCAAUGAGGGUCAAGCGGGCGCCUUCCAGCCCUCGUGGAAUUCAGAUGGUACAGAGCUAGUUGUCGGCUUCGGUGCGUGGUUUGCAACGCGCACUGAAAGCUCCGCUGCCAUCUACCGCACUUUCGCCAACGGCAGCUCCCACACGAACCUGACCGACUGGGUUGACAAUGCCGGCUUCCCCAGCUGGUCCCCUGACGGCUCGGCCAUUGUCUAUCGUCUCUGGAAUCGCGAGACCGGCGCGCCGGAAGGCUUGCAAGUCCUCAACUUCACAACCGGUGAAACCACCCGACUCACCUUGGGCUGGGACAACACGCCCGGCUGGUCGCCAGAUGGUGAGCGCAUUGUCUUCACCCGUAACAACAACUGGACCGCAUCUUACGGUAGCCGCUGGUACGCGGAUCGCUUCGAUGUCUAUACUAUCCGCCCUGACGGCUCGGAGCUGACGAGGGUGACGGACAGCUUGGCCAACGACGCUCAGUGAGUUACCCUUAAACCCGAUCCCCUUUCUCAGUGUUUCUCCUCUGGCAAGAAAAUAUUGACUGUUUGUCUCAGUGCGGUGUGGUCUCAGGACGGCCGCAUCAUGUGGAG